UGGACAAUCCCGGUACUGCAGGGGAUCAGCAGCUCUCCGAAAGUGAAAGCAUUCUGAAUCAGGAAGUGCUGGAGUUAACAUGGCUUCGAAAGGACCGGCCGAGAGUUGGACCGAGGAGGUAAUUUGUCCCAUCUGCCUGGAUUUCUUCACCGAUCCGGUUAUACUGGAGUGUGGACACAACUUCUGUCGCUCUUGUAUCACACAGUGUUGGGAAAGGGAGCAGAAAAACUCCUGCCCGGAAUGUCGAGAGGAGUUUACUGACCGCACCCUCAGGGUGAAUCGGGCCUUAGCAAAUCUGGCUGAAAAAGCUCGAAAUCUAAACCUGAAUCCGAAAGGGAAGGAAAGUAAACGUCACUGCGAGGAACAUGAGGAAGAACUGAAGCUGUUUUGUGAAACGGACAAGACACUGAUCUGUGUGAUCUGUGCAGCUGCGCAGGAACACAGAGAGCAUCGAUUUGUGCUGAUUAAAGAGGCUGUUAAAAACUAUAAGGAUCAGCUAAAAUCUUCCUUAGACUCUCUCACAAAAAAGAAAUCAGACUUCCAGGAAAAGGAGCAGCAACAGAAAGAGAAGAUUUCCGGAGUUCGGGAACAGUCACACAGUGUUCAGUCCCACAUCACAUCCCAGUUUGCUGAACUGCGCCAGAUUAUCACUGAGAAAGAGCAGAGCUUACUCAGGGAUCUCAGGGAAGAAGAGAAGAGGAUUCUCAACCCAAUGGAGAAAAAUCUUCUAGCACUUCAAGAGAAUAUAAGGAGUAUUCAGGAGGAAAUCACUAAGUUAAAGGAACAGAUGGAUCAGAAAGAUGGUGUGAUAUUUCUGAAGGAAGAAGCUCGUCGGAACAGAAGGAUUAAUGACGAUAUCCAGGAAUUGUCAGUGACAGAUGAGACCCUACCGGUUGAAAAAUUCGAUCACCUCUAUUUGUUGAACACAGUGCUGAGAGAAACGCUUGAUGCUAUUAAUCGAGUCUCUGUCACCCUGGAUGUGGAAACGGCGAAUCCGUGUCUCGAGGUGUCUGAGGAUCGGAAGAGUGUGAGACGGACCUGGACCCGGAGGGAUCUCCCUGACACCGGGAAGAGAUUCACAUUCUGGGCUUGUGUGCUGGGAUCGGAGGGAUUCCCAUCGGGGAGACAUUACUGGGAGGUGGAGGUGACGGGGAAUCGGGUCUGGUUUCUGGGAGUCGCCGCAGAGUCUGUGGAGAGGGAGGGAUGGGUCAGUCUGAGUCCGGAGACCGGAUUCUGGGUCAUCGGGCGGGAUGGUGACGUGUUACAUCGGGAUUAUGACGUGUCCGGUCUCACCUCCCCCGAGUCCCGUCUCGCUGCCGGUCCCAUCCCCGGGAGGGUGGGAGUUUAUCUCAGUUACGAGUCCGGGACAGUUUCAUUUUACAACGCGAAGACCAAGUCCCAUCUCCACACCUUCACUGGGAAUAAAUUCACGGGGAAACUUUAUCCUUUCUUCGCGCCCUGGGAUGUGAACCAGUGGCUGAGAAUCUGCUCCGGUUCCGCUCCGGGUCUGUAAACGGGUCCAGUGCCGGGACCGGCGUCAGGAGUAAAGUCCCUGUAAAUAUAAAUGUGCGGAGAGUGCAGCUAAAUACGUGGCUAAGGGGAUGGUGCAGGAGGGAGGGCUUCAUGUUUCUGGACAAUUGGGCUUUGUUCCCGGGAA